AUGUCGACGUCAACGCUUCCGAAGUCUCCACUCACCCCGGUCUCACCCAACCGUCUAGGCUUCUGUCAACGAUGCGGAGACCCAAUCUCGAACAAAAUGCGCUGCUCGAAAUGCGGUGGAACCAGCAAAGCCCCUCACAUCCCUGCUGCUCGUAAACCUGAUCCCUGGACGCACCGCUACGUCAACCCUCUCUCCUUCCCCGUUCACGACACGCACGAGCCAUACCUGCACGACCAACCACCGCCCUCCUCGCCCAAACGUCUAUCCCACGAUCCUGCGCUCGGGUUCGGUAUGCCUUCUCGCAUCACCCGCGACCUCCGCUCCUCCCUCACUACCACGCCACUGGAACGUCUGCCGAGUCAGGACUACACAAACCCGCUCAUCACCGGUUCCGACGGAGUGCUGUCCAAGGUGUGCGGCUCGAUGGUCGAGCCUUCUUCCAGCAGGAAUCGGUGGUCUUGUGACGACUGCAAGACGAUCUUUGCUAGAGAUUCGACGCUCUACGCACCACCACAAUCCGCAACCGCGGAGCAGGGGGGAAAGGAUGUGUUCUACUGCAAAAGCUGCUACGCUAGAAGGUACAGUUUGGGAGAAUGCAGGGGGUGUGGGAAGGACGUGUUGGGAUCGACGAAGGAGGAUGGUAAGUUUGUCAAGGGUAGCGGUGGGAUUUGGCACGGAAGAUGUUGGAAGUGUAGCCUUUGUGGAGACGCAAAAGAUGUGUUGGUGGGGAUGGAUGGCAUGCCUGUCUGCGAGAGCUGUUUCGAUCGACCCAGAGGAGCAAAGGUGGAGCUAUCGAAGGGGGAGGUGGAGUUGCCGGAUGUGAGGAGGGUGACUAGAGCGGCAGCAACACGAACCGGUGCGAUGGGUGCAACGAUCGCCGAGCUUACGAAAAAGCUGGGUCAGCAGUCGGUAUCCUCCACUCGAUCAAGCUCGAGCACUUCUCUACCGCAAAGUACGUCGCACGGAUCCGUAGAGGUGUCACCCCGAUCUCCGUCGAAGAGUCAAUAUGCGUUUGCGAACAAUGCGCCUGCGUCGCCGGGGAAGAUGUCUCGUUCGGGAAGUUUGACGGGGAGCGGAAGCCCGACGAAGCCACGUCCGUUGACGGCGCAAUUCAGGGACGGGUUGAACCUGGCUGCUUUCCAGUCGAGCUUUGCGGGAGGCGUGGAUGGGGAGGAUGAGAGGGUGAGGAGGAGGGAUUCGAGGAGUCGAAGUGUUAGUCCGGUGAAGAGGCCAGAGUCGAAGGAAGAUGCGGUUUCUAGCCGUACUGUGAACGGCUUUCCACGACCGCUCAACUCUCCUACCAAGGAACUUCAUGCAUCGAAAUCGCCUUCUCCAUCCAAGUCAGCCCCUCCCGAACCCACGCAAACCCAGCUCGAGCCAGCUCAAGGCGCAACCCGAUGCUCCGCCUGCCACCUCCUACCCUUCGAAGCCCCAUCCAACAACUCUUCUGAAGUCGUCAUGGUGACGCUGCCCGACAACGUCCAUCUUCACGCCUCGUGCUUCCGAUGCUCCAUCUGCAACGAUCCCAUCGACGGAAGCAAAAGCUUUGUUCGGCUCGACAGUGCGCCUUCGACGGUGGAGGGGUUGUCGGCAUACGCUCAUCCACGAUGUUCGCCUACGAUCCAGAUAUCUCUUCAGAGGUCUCGGGAGGUUGAGGGAAAGGGUUUUCGAGCUGGUCUGGAUGUGUCUAGUGCGACGAGGGUUGGGAAGGGGAGUCAUGCUACGCAUCAGAGAGAGUUGAAGCCCAGUCCUGUGCCUUCACCUGCGCCGUCGCUGAGGGAGAGGGAUCAGGUCCGACCGACUGUCGUAGCCUCCUUCACAGCGGAUGCAUCGAAAACUUCUCACUCGACCUCGGGAGCAGCUGCCCGAACCACACCUCAGCCCAACCCAGCCGCAGGAAUCUUCUCCCGUCUCAGCGCCAUCUCCACCGCCUCUUCAAACCCCUCCCUCCUCACCAAUUCCUCUCCCACCACCACCCCCAGCCGGUCAUGGGGUGGAAUGGCAGCCUGUCCCCACUGCGGACUCUCCAUCUCCGCUCUCGAAUCCACCCUCGGUCCGCGCGGAACCGUAUGGCACAAACCCUGCCUCAUCUGUCGUUCCCCCGCACCACCCCCCUCUGCACACGAUAGGUGGAGUCGAAAACCCAUCCCGACAAUCUGCGGGAAAAAGUUGGAUUCAGGUGCCAAAGUCAACAAGGACGGAGAGGUCAGGUGCAGGGAUUGCUACGAUCGUGAUGAGGCCAGCUUCAAGGUGAAACGAUGA